AUGAGCACCAUCCAAGCAGACGAGGACCUCGAGCAGGGCCAUAUACAGCCCUCAGGGACUCUACAGCCAGGCGGGCUGGCGACAGCCCAGCCACAGAGCAGUGCAGACCCGCAGCUUUCCAUAUGGCAGCAAUCCUCACAUCCCGUAGCGCUCUUCUUCCUCUUUGCAUUUCGCUCGGCUGCUGUAGCAACGUACCUGCUCUGCGGCUUCUUCAGCAAUUCAUAUGUCUUUUCGACUGUGCUGGUGGUCGUCCUGCUAUCUGCCGAUUUCUGGACUGUCAGGAACGUGUCUGGACGUGUCCUCGUCGGGCUGCGCUUCUGGAACCAAGUCGACGAGGAUGGCACGAGCUACUGGGUCUUUGAAUCACGCGAUCCCACGCAGCCAGCGAAUGCCGUGGACUCUAGGAUGUUCUGGGUCGCGCUAUAUACUUUCCCGGUCGUCUGGUUCUUUCUGCUGUUCAUUGGACUGUUCAGCAGCAUCUCCUUCAUCCCCAUCGUCAUCCUCGCACUCGUCUUCAACGUCACCAACACGAUCGGAUUCUCAUAUGCCGAUCGAGACGCCAAAAGGAAGUGGGCAACGGGGAUGGCUGCCAACAGCAUGUUCGGCGGCCUCGGUGGCGUUGGGGGCACAGUCAUCUCUGGGCUACUCAGGAGUGGUAUGGGCAAGGUGUUCGGGCCACGCGACCUCGGCGCCGGAGCCGGAGCCGGAGCUAAUUUGGUCGCCAAAGCGCUUCCCCAGAUUUUGCGGACAGGUCCUCCUCAAGAGAUGGCAUUGAGCGACGAAGACUUGGCGAGCAGUACAGACAAGCUUGUACUGGACAGUCAUGCGCCCAGUCUGUCUGUCGGGGCCAAGGAGCUCUACGCCAGCCACAACGGACACGCCAAACCUGUCGAUAUCAGGCCGAGUUCGAGCCAGAUGGAGCUAGAAGAUGACGGCGAUGAUGAGAGUAUAUCUUCGAAUGAGGACCCGGAGUCUGCGGCAGCCAGGAGAGAUGCAAUGGCACGAGCCAAGCUGGCCAAUCUCUCGCCUUGCUCUGGCUCCAUCUUGCUCAACCCUGGCUCGGAUACACCGUCGCCCCGGUUUGCGAACCCACUGGCGUCCCUCAAAGAGUCUUCCCUCUUUGGUGGCAGCGAACGGAGCAGGAAGGUCAGCAACUCGUCAAGCAGCGCCAGCAGCCCUCGCCGUCCACCGGCGAGACGGUCGAGCAGUCUCAUCUCGACCAGCACAAAGCAGUCCUCCACUUCGCCAAGCAGCGCAAAGUCACCCAGUCUCACCUUUGCCCCUCUGCCCGAACCAGGCAGGAAGCGUGCCUCCUCCAUCACGCUCGGCGUCGCUGCCCGCGCGAGCCUGCUCAACACUCAGGCAGGCAACAAUCCUCAGCCGAGACAGCCAUCCCCGAGCCGUCCCGUUCAGCGCACAGGUGGCUCAGGCUCUCCCUGGGCCCAGACAUAUCAAGUCGGUCCGGCCGGAUUCAGUAAUGGGCCUCCCGCCUGGUAUGCUGGUGGACCGCUCCCACCUGGUGUCUAUACGGUCGAUGAUGUCGGACGAGGCGUCAAAGCAGCCUGGAAGAAGCUCAAGAAACGGUCCUCGUCCCGUGACAGCAAGGCGUCUCUGUCCUCUUCGCCGACACGCAGCGAAUCAGGCAGCUCGGUCGCCACGACAGCCGAUAGCGAUCCCGAUCCUCGCAAGCCGGCAGAUGAUACGAUACACGAAGCAGAUGAGUCAGAGACUUUCCCCGAUGCUGUCGAAGAGCAGCAGUCCGACGAUCGACACGGACGCCCGACGCAUCGCCAGCCGGAUCAUGUCGACGAGAGAUUGAGAACGAAGCAGCUCGAGCACUGGGAUAUGAGCACGCCCACAAGGUCCCGUCGAUCGUCAGUCGAUAAUCCUGGCGAGCCCGUCGCGUUGUCGCAUUCCGACUUGGUACACCAUCUCAAGUCGAGCGUACUGGGAUUCGAACCUCACGAAGCGCAUCCGGCACUCGCUUGA